UGCAAUGAUAACUAUGAAGUCUCCAGAGUAUCUAUCAAAAGAUAUUUUAGAUGAGGACUUCGUUCGGGUUUUUCGUUUUCCAUUUUUGGUGCAAAUGGCGCUAGGAUCAUGCAGAGUCCACUUGAAAGCCAGAUUCAUUACUAUACCGACGCUCGGUCAAAAACUUUACACUGUAAUGAGCAUAAUAAUUUGUUCUUUGUUGUAUUUUAAUAUCACGAAGCUUUAUCUACCUCUAUAUUACCAACACAGUAUCGUGUACUAUCUUUUUUUGGCUGUGACUGGUUUGGAUCAAUUAUCUUUUUUUGCAAAUUUAAUUCAUGUGCGAUUUCUUAAUGGGGAAACUAAUACUGCAUUCUGCAUCAUGAUGCAGAGAAUUGAUCGCAAUAUGAAGAUUGAUCACAACAACAUUUUGAACAAAACGGUUAUUCGAGCUAAUAUAUUUACGAUUACGUUCAUUAUAUUAAUUUACGUUGUCCUUGUAAUAUCAACGAUAAUGUUGAAUGAAUACUCACUGGUUACUUUAUUUGGAUUGUUGUACGGUCAAUUAAUAUUUAUGGUCGAAAUGGCGCACUGUUCAAAUCUAAUUCUAUUUUUCUUUACACGGGUUCGUUUUGUGAAUGCUAUAAUAAAAAAUCAUGUUCAUCCGGAAAAUCAAAAUCAACCACCGAAACUUGUAAGGUACUUUGUAACUAAUAGAAUUACGAGGUACCUCGCUGCACAAACACAUGACUUCAUCGUAAACGACACAGAUGUUUAUUUGAAGCAAAUAUUCGAAGGAUUUUCGAUGUUUACCGAUAUUUAUAGAUUUCAGGUAUGCCUCUUUUGCAUAAAGAUAGUUGUAUUGAGCCUGCUAACCUUCGAACUCUGCUUCGUUGCGGUACAAAGAAAUCUUUUAGAAACAAAGAAUUUAACAAACUAUUAUAUUAUGACAUAUUCAGUUAUUGGAUUUUUCACUGCGUUGUAUGUAAGCGGACGCUGUGAAUUGUUCUUCAGAGAAAUACGAGAGACUAAGCGUUUGGCCGUUGCUGUCCUGUUGCAAUAUCAAGAAGGUCCACUCAGAGAAAAGGCAACAAGAAUGUUAAAAAUUAUAGAAGAGUCAACCCCCCAAUUUUCCGUUUACGACAUGUGGAAUAUGGACGGCUACAUCUUCAUAAAAAUCUGCAGUUUAGUCACAAACCUCAUUGUGACUUUAUUACAAUUCGCUUACUUAUAAAAUUGAACGCUGUGAAGAAUUACAUGUAUAAAAUAUAUCAAUGCUGUUUUCGCAAUGAUAGAUAAUGAUAAACUUCGACUGACUUGAUGGGGUAGUUGUUAGAGCUCCUGAGUGUUAGGCCGAGGGUCGUGGAUCUCAUUGCUGCUUCAUGGGUCAUUUGCUCUUUGGGUGUUUAAUGUCGAUAUUUUCUUUCCGUCCCAUCAUCAAAGGUAUCAUUAGUACGAUCGUCUGUCUAUAAGUUAAUAUAAAUUAUAUAUAUUCUAUAAAAGAUAAAUUUAGAUAAAUUCGUAGAUAAGAUAAAUUUCCUAAAUUAAAAAUAUUAUGGUUAACUAACUUAUCCAGAGUUGAAAAUUAUUUUUAGUUGCAUUUUAAAUCUUCGACUUCAAUAAAACUUAUGGUAGUGAUGUCAUGUUUAAAUCACUUACGUUUAGGUCCUAGUAUCACUGAAAUCACAUAGAACGCUUUUAAGGUAGUUUCGAAAUGUUAUCAAUUAUCCUAGUUUGUCAUUUGUAAAAAUACAGUCAUAUAAUUAUUAUUUAUCUAUCAUUAUCACAAUUAAAUCAAAUAAACUGGACGGAUUUGUGUUAUAUAUUAUAAUGUUAUUGCUUAGCAAUUUAUUAUUACAGCUUUUACUAAAUCUAAGAAUUCAUCAGUAAAAAUUCAUUCCAGCAAACCAGAGCUGUCAAAGUGUCAACAAUUUGCAUCAAAGAUUUUUAUCAUAAAAUGUAUGAAAAUUUAUUUAGUUACAUUUUUUUUCAUUACAUCUUUACCUCGGUUUUUUCUGCUCGUAAGCAUUUCAUACACAAGUAUAGUACAAGAUAAUUACAGUACAUACAAAACAUGACAACGUUUGGCUAACGCCAUCGCUUCACGAACAUGUUUUUUUUUUUAAAUAAAACAAUAUACUUUAUAUCUAUCAAUUUGUCAAAUAAAAGUAUAUGAUGCGUCUUUAAGUAGCUAAUUUAGCGUAUUGUAAACCCAUAUACGGAAGCGUUACAUAAAUCUAAUAAAAACCUUAAAAUGCAUUCUUUUUUUUCUUACAAAUCACUACGUCUCAUAUUUCAGUCUAAUAUUUUACGAAUUCAGUUUUUAGUUUGUGACGAAAGAACCUCUAGAGCGUUUUUGGUUAUGCGACCAAUACGCUUACUUGAUAAAUUGAAUAAAAUACAUUUUAAAA